AUGGCUGAGCAGAUCCAAUUCGGUGUCACCCCGCCAAUCUCACUCGCUGAGCCCACAGACACGGAGAAGCGGGUAGACGCGGAGCUCAUAACGGAGCUCAAGAACCAGAACACUUUCGAGAGCGACCACGAGAGCAGAACGAGAGAAAAGGUACUCGCACUAGUCCAAUCCUUAGUGAAGGAGUUCGUCAAGCGCGUCUCUAUCAGGAACGGCAUGUCAGAAUCCUUGGCCACCCAAGCAGGCGGGAAAAUAUUCACUUUCGGCAGUUACAGACUCGGUGUCAAUCAGCCGGGUGCCGAUAUAGACACUCUCUGCGUAGUGCCCAAGCACGUAUCGCGCGAGGACUUUUUCGACGUCUUCGAGCCUCUCCUCAAGUCGAGAGAGGAGGUUAGCGUGUGUGCAGGCGUCCCCGAUGCCUAUGUCCCCAUCAUCAAGACCACCAUCAGCGGCAUUGAGAUUGAUUUCCUCGUCGCGAGACUCGCCCUUGCUACCAUCCCGGACGAUCUCGAGCUGCUCGAUAACAACCUCCUCAAGAACCUCGAUGAGCGCUGCGUGAGGUCGUUGAAUGGUUCCAGAGUCACUGAUGAAAUACUCCGCGUUGUUCCCAAUGUACAGGUGUUUAGGGAUAGUUUGAGGUGCAUCAAGUUAUGGGCACAGCGACGCGCCAUUUACUCCAACGUCAACGGCUUCCUCGGCGGUGUCGCCUGGGCCAUGCUCGUCGCGCGUAUCUGCCAACUGUACCCGAACGAGAAUGCCGGUGCGAUAAUAACCAAGUUCUUCACCAUCCUUUACCAGUGGAAAUGGCCACAUCCGGUCCUUCUCAAGGAGAUUGAAGACGGGCCGCUGAAAGUGCGCGUAUGGAAUCCCAAGAUCUACCCGACCGACCGCGCGCAUAGAAUGCCAAUCAUCACACCCGCCUACCCGUCCAUGUGCUCUACGCACAACGUCGGUCCGUCCACACAGGAAGUGAUGCGGCAGGAGUUCAAGCGGGGUAUGGACAUACUUGAUGGUAUCCACAAUGGUGAUAUGCAGUGGGCAACGCUUUUUGACAGACACGAGUUCUUUUCGAAAUAUAAACACUUUAUCCAGAUAAUCGCUUCAGGUCAGACAGCCGAGAGCCACAAGAAAUGGUCGGGGGCUGUAGAGUCGAAAGUGCGCCAGUUGGUAAACAAGCUUGAGCUGGCGGAGGGCAUAGAACUCGCCCACCCUUUCGUCAAGGGGUUCAGCGAGGUGUUUGUGUGUCUCGACGACGAGGAAGUCCAGUCGGCCGCAGAGUACAAUCCAUCGCAGGCAGUCAAGGAGCGGAGUAGCAGGCCGGACGAGUACGAUGGUAAGGACGGCAAGGAUGGCGUGCAUCGUGUAUAUGUCAGCACUUUCUACGUAGGAUUGGCUAUACAACCGCGUAAUCCGGAAACUAACGAAAAACGCACCCUCAACUUGACCUACCCGACUAACGAAUUCAUGAAACUGACCAAAUUGUGGGAUCAGUUUGUGGACGGCGAAAUGAAGAUAUACGUCAAGAACAUCAAGGCUGCGUCUCUGCCGGAUGUCGUCUUUGAGGGUGGCCCCAGGAGUAGCAACAGCAAGAGCAAGAAAAAGACCAAGCGCCAAUCGAAUGUGGCGGACGAGAACGGCGAUACACCCAGCGAAGAUAACACUGCGAACAAAAGAUUGAAAGCAGAAGACAAAGAACCGGGGAAUGCAACAGAUGCGGCAGACGCAGCCAACGCAUCAUAA